AUGAAGGCCACACUUUUCACCCUCUUCGCCGUCGGCGGCUUUAUCGCCACCAGUAUCGCUAACCCGAUCAAUGCCGAAACUAGCGUUGAGAAGCGCCAGGACAUUGAUACUAUCGAGACAAGUCUAGAGUCCCUUUACGCUCAGAUCCAGGAGCAGACCGCCAUAAUCAACUCGACUCUCACCCCCGUGGCUGAUGGCGCUUCCGAGGCUGAUGCUUCGGCUGCUGCCGAGUCUAUCGCUCCUCAGCUUGACGCGAUCGCAGAUCUUCUUGACAAGUCUGUUAUCAUCGCUAAGCGCGCUAUUGUUGAGGCCCAGUUCUUUAAGGAGGACAUUUUCAGGACUGUUUCUUUCAUCCUAUUUGAGCUCCUUGGUACCGUGAAGUUUAUUCUCAUCAAGCUUGGUCUCGGUCCCGUUUUGAUCCACCUGGUUCCUCUCAUCCUCGCUCUUGUCAAGCUCGUUAAGGCCCUCGACAAGGUGGUUGAUGGUCUACUUAUUGCAGUCAAGUUUAUCGCUGAUGACCUUCUUAAGGCUGUCGGUUUUGGUCUUCUGGGUCUCCUCCCAUAAAUGACUUAUGCAUGGCCUUUAGCGAAAAAACACUCACUUGACCGAGGUAUAGAAGUGGAGCAUCUAUUUUCUAAUAGUUGUUGUCGCUAGCGUCGAAGGUAUACAUCUUUGGCGUCCUGGGUCAUUGUUGUCUUUUCGUCCAACUUAUAUUCUCUCAAGGAGCAACUAGCAUAGGCAUAGACGAGAACUCCUCGGUAGUCCUAGACUUACCGAGCACAAGUGCUGACUUAAUGAGCCAUGAGCAAUAAAAAUAUUGGUGAAUCCAAUUUCAGUUUUCCGGCGAGUUCCUCAUACAUAUCGGUGACACUGUAAU